AUGUCAGACUUUGAGAGGCUCCUGCAGUAUCACAUGGAUGAGACAAAAGCUCCAUCUGGUGGAUUUCUGGAGGAUGAAGAUAAAUCCACAAAACGCAUGUCACUACAAAAACUAGAAAUACUCUUGUCAAACAUUUAAAAAAGAUUCCUACCAUUGAAAGCAACUGUCAGUAUGAAAGACAAUCAAGGUACUACUAAAGUAGUAUGAGAAACGUUUAUUGAUUUUGUUCGCAUGUCUCUUGCAUGUCAAUAUAGGAAAGGUUAGCAUAUUUUGUCAAAGUUUUUGCAUUUGGUCAUUGUUAGAAGUGUGCUAAAUCUGACCACCAUUUAUUGACAAUGUCUUCAUGUUUUAAGAAUGAUAUGGUGUCAUAAUACAAUAUGUUCUCCUGCAGAUACAGACAAGACAAUCUGCGUCAAUGACGAUUGUUUUACUCGCAAGGAAAACAAAGACCUAACCAACCUGAAAGGAGAAGAUAUCUCUACUGAGGUGGGCCAUUCAGACUGGCAGAUGGAUGGGCAAACCAGGGAGGGAGUUAAAGAUAAGCCUGCAGUGGUGGAAUAUCUUUUGACUUCUGCAUGUCAAGUCACUGGUGAUAUUAUUGCUCAUAUGCAGACAGUUAAGGCGCUUCUGAAAUGGCUCACUGUACAGGUAAGAAUGUUUACAUGA